UAAAUAGCUAAAUAACAGCCUAAUUAAAAUAUAUAGAUCUAUCCAUAUAUUGACUAUAAAAAUGUUGCAAAUAAAUUAUUUUUUGUAUUUUUUAUAUACCGGAAUUUUUUUUCUAUGAGCGAUGAGAGCAAAAAAAAUUCCAAGCUGCUUUUAAUGAUUUAAGAUUAUAGGUGAAAAUAAUUCAAGUAAAGUCAUUUAUAGAACAAUAAUCAAUAUGGCUAAGAACAAGGACGGCGAGGAAGUUGAAGUCCCACCUAAGGACGAAGAAGAAAUUCUUUUAGAAAAGUUAGUGUUUGGGGACUUGGAAGGAUUUGAAGCCAAUUUGAAGAAGGUUGAUAAUUUAUACGAUUAUUCAUCUGAUGAACAAGACGAUGGUAAUAGUGAUAAAUUUUUCAAUGAUUCUUCUGAUGAGGAGUCUGAUGAUGAAGGAGAGUUGUCAGAUAAUGUUCAAGAUGAAGAUUUAUUCUUUAUUGAUGAUGGUGAAGCCAAGUCAGCUCAUAUUAAUGAAGAAAAUGAUGAAGAUGCCAUGGACAUCGAUGAUGAAGAAGUAGAAGAGGAGGUGGAAGACGAAGAAGAAGAAGACGACGACGACGAAGCAGCAUGGCAUGAUAGUGAUGAUGAAAGAGUCAACAUAUCCUUACUUUCAUCUGAUAAAUUGAAAAAAUUAAGAAAAACUGAAAAUGAUGUAACUAUAUCGGGAAGAGCUUAUGUAGCGAGAUUGAAAAAUCAAUUUGAAAAGAUAUAUCCAAGACCAGAAUGGAUAGAUAAAUUAGAAGAAGAGAACGAUGAAGAUGAUGAUAAUGAAACUGCAUCUCAAGAUGAACUCGAUGAAGACAAUUCAAUCAAAACCAACAAUGAUACUAAUGCCAUUUUAAAUAUUUUAUCCAAUACUCAACAAUUCAUUAUAACCAAACAAUUGAAAUUAAUAUCCCCUAGUAAGAUAUCUAUAACCAGAUUAAAGGAUGCCAACUAUCAAAGAAUGUCCAAAUCUGCCAUUCAAUCCUUAUCAUUCCAUCAUAGUCAUCCACUUUUAAUGACGGGUGGAUUUGAUAAAACCAUCAGAAUAUAUCAUAUCGAUGGUAAAGUCAAUAAUCUCGUCACAUCUUUACAUUUACGUAAUUCUCCUAUUUACAGUUGUCAAUUCUCACCAUUAGGUUCGAAUCAAAAAGAUAAUGAAAAGAAUUUAGUAUUUGCUGCUGGUAGAAGAAGAUAUAUGAAUAAAUGGGAUUUAAAUAGUGGAGAGGUUGAAAAGAUUUCCAGAAUGUAUGGUCAUGAACAAUAUCAAAAAUCAUUUGAAUAUUUUAAAAUAUCACCAAAGGGUACUUUUAUAGGAUUAACUGGUAAUAGUGGAUGGUGUAAUUUAUUAAAUGGUAGUACUGGACAAUGGAUUAAAGGAUUUAAAAUCGAAGGUACUAUAGUUGAUUUUGAUUUUGCUCGUGAUGAAUCAUUCAUAGUGAUAAUAAAUUCUGCAGGUACAGUUUGGGAAUAUGAAUUAAAUCCAACAGCUGAUAUAAAACAAACUCAAUCUGACAAUAAUAAUAAUAAUAAACCUAAAUUUUUAAAUAAAAUCAUCAGAAAAUGGAAUGAUGAUGGUGGAAUAGGUAUAACCAAGAUACAAUUAGGAGGUCCAAAGAAUCGUUGGUUAGCAAUCGGGACAAACAAUGGUAUUGUAAACAUUUAUGAUCGUAAUGCCAUUAAUGAAACCGUUAAUCCAAAACCAGUCAAGACAAUUGAAAACUUAGUCACAUCAAUCUCAUCAUUAGUAUUCAGUCCUGAUGGUCAAAUCUUAUCCAUUGCUUCUCGUGCCAAGAGAGAUGCUUUUAGAUUAGUUCAUGUUGCAACUGGUACAGUUUAUUCUAAUUGGCCAACCAGUGGUACACCAUUAGGUAAAGUUACAUCUGUUGCCUUUUCUCCAAAUAAUGAAAUGUUGGCGGUAGGUAAUGAAAGUGGUAAAGUCACAUUAUGGAGAUUAAACCAUUAUUAGUUCAUACGUUGAUCCACCACUCUAACUUAUUGUAAAUAAAUAGACUAAUAUAGACAAAUUCAUAUUGCAAAAACUUUU